AUGCCAAAGUCUGAGAGUGCUGUCAUUCGGGGGGAGGAGAUCGACUAUGAAGACCACCUAGCACGCCUUGCCAACCACGAAGAUCGUUCGCACAGCCGCCUCCAAGCAAUCCGCAAGAACCCCUGGGCAUUCGCCUGGUGCCUGUACGCUGUGUGGACGAUCCUGGUCGUCGCCGUCGAAGACCAGGCCUCGUACAAUGUGCUGAGCAUUCCGCAGUUCAGGAAGGACUUUGGCUCGUCCUUCGCGGGCAACUAUGUCCUCGCGGCCUCGUGGCAGUCGGCUUUCAGCGGCGCGCCAAUUGCAACUCGAGUUAUCGGAGCGUUGGCUACGGGUCAAAUAGCCGACUACAUCGGCCGUCGCAACACCCUCAUCCUCGCCCUCGCCCUUUCCUUGGCUUCGGUGACCAUGGAAUUUGUGGCCACAAGCAAAGCGCUUUUCUUGACCGGGAAGCUGUUAAAUGGAUUGGCCGUCGCCUCGAUCGAGUCUAAGGCACAGAUUGCACCUCUGGCUCUCCGCGGUCUAUCUACCGUCCUGAUGGCCUUCUCGGCCGGAGCCGGUUCCUUGACUGUGGCCCUCAUCAUCAACGGUACAGGGUCCUAUACCAGUAGGUGGGCCUACAGGGCGGUCUUCUGUAGCCAGUUCGGCUUCGCUGGCAUUGCCGCUGCUUUCGUCUGGUUUAUGCCCGAGUCGCCGUGGUGGCUUUUGAGCAAGGGCCAAGAAGACAAAGCAUUGAAAUCACUGCGCCGCCUCGGCUAUUCCAAGUCGGAUGGGGAAGAUGCGAAACGUCUCGCGAGCAUCCGAGUCACGCUGGAGGAAAUCCGCAGCGAGACCGAGGGGGUCACUUACUUUGAGUUGUUCCGCAAGUCGAACCUCCGCAGGACAAUCGUGGCCAUUGCGCCUCUCUCGGUAGAGAUUUUCGUCGGCGCCAUCUUCACGGGCCUGUAUUCGACCUACUACGCUCAGUUGGCGGGCUACAGCACAGACAUGUCCUUCCGACUCCUCGUCACGCAGCAGGUUCUGGCAAUGGUGGGCAGUGUCAUGGCGUGUUACCUAGUCGAAAGGGUCGGACGCCGCAACUUGACAGUCUACGGCACUCUGGCUCUGACGAUCCUGCUCUGGAUCAUGGGAGGGUUGGCCGUCGGGGGCAGCCGCAAUGAGCUGAGAGGCGCAAUCGCAAUGGUGCAGCUCUACUCGUGGUUGUACAGCCUCACCAUCGGGUCGACGGCGUACACCUUCCUGACCGAAGUGGCCACGGCGCGGCUGCGAGUCAAGACCAUGGCCGUCGGCCUCGCGACACAGAGCUGCUUCGGGCUCAUCUGGAGCUUCGUGCUGCCCUACCUCUUCAACCCGGACGAGGCGAACCUGGGCGGGAAAGUAGGCUUUAUCUUUGGCGGCUUCUCCAUCCCUUGCUUCGUUCUCCUCUGGUGGUACCAGCCCGAGACGGCGCGGCGGUCUUACGAGGAACUCGACGAGAUGUUCGUUAAGAAGAUCCCCGCGCGCCACUUCAAGACGUACAAGACCGAGGUGGAGAUGAAAGCGGAAGCGUUGUCGAGGAGGGAAGAGGAGGCGCCUCCGAAGGAGGAGCAGCAGCAGCAGCAUGUCCAAUAA